UUGACUAGGAAACCUUGAAGAGUUGAGCCACCUGGCCUUUGCGGGCGAAGCAGGCCGGAGCCUUUCCCUACGCGGGGCGGGCGGUCGAAGCCCGGCAGCCCUGGCUUGGCUCCAGACCGGCUCGGGGUGACAUCACCAAACUCCUCCGAUCGGCGGGAGGUGGCCCCCGAAAUCCCCUAAAAACAUAGUGAGUAAUCGCAGGCCCCGCCCUCCAGGCGGGGCCCAGACUCGGGAGCGAGCCGAGCUGCCCCGCCAGCCCCCGGAGCGGCCUCCAGGCGAGCUGCCUGUCGGUGCCCCGCGUGGCGCGCACUAGCUCCGGGUCGCCGGCAGCGGCGGCGCAAGCAGGCUGUCCACCCUGCACGCGGCCUGUCUAUCCUCCGCGCGGCGCGCGUUCGCCCCUGAAUCUCUCCCGGUGGCGGCGGCACCCGCGGCGCAGACGAGGGCGACGGAGUCGCAUCGCGCAGGCGCGGUCGGAUUCCCGGCAGUGACGCGGCGGCGGGCGCGCGCGGCGCAUUUCCGCCUCUGGCGAAUGGCUCGACAGUAGCGCGCGCCGCGGGCCCAGCUGCGACCCCGGCCCCGCCCCCGGGACCCCGGCCAUGGACGACCUCUUCCCCCUCAUCUUCCCCGCAGAGCCGGCGCAGGCCUCUGGCCCCUAUGUGGAGAUCAUCGAGCAGCCCAAGCAGCGGGGCAUGCGCUUCCGCUACAAGUGCGAGGGCCGCUCAGCUGGCAGCAUCCCUGGAGAGAGGAGCACGGACACCACCAAGACCCACCCCACUAUCAAGAUCAAUGGCUACACAGGGCCAGGGACAGUCCGCAUCUCCCUGGUCACCAAGGACCCCCCUCACCGGCCUCACCCCCACGAGCUAGUGGGGAAAGACUGCCGGGAUGGCUUCUAUGAGGCUGAGCUCUGCCCGGACCGCUGCAUCCACAGCUUUCAGAACCUGGGGAUCCAGUGUGUAAAGAAGCGGGACCUGGAGCAGGCCAUCAGCCAGCGCAUCCAGACCAACAACAACCCCUUCCAAGUUCCCAUAGAAGAGCAGCGCGGGGACUACGACCUGAAUGCUGUCCGGCUCUGCUUCCAGGUGACAGUGCGGGACCCAGCAGGCAGGCCCCUCCGCCUGGCGCCUGUCCUCUCUCACCCCAUCUUUGACAACCGCGCCCCCAACACCGCCGAGCUCAAGAUCUGCCGGGUGAAUCGGAACUCUGGGAGCUGCCUCGGCGGGGAUGAGAUCUUCCUGCUGUGUGACAAGGUGCAGAAAGAGGACAUCGAGGUGUAUUUCACGGGGCCAGGCUGGGAGGCCCGAGGCUCGUUUUCACAAGCUGACGUGCACCGGCAAGUGGCCAUCGUGUUCCGGACGCCGCCCUACGCGGACCCCGGCCUGCAGGCCCCUGUGCGCGUCUCCAUGCAGCUGCGGCGGCCUUCCGAUCGCGAGCUCAGCGAGCCCAUGGAAUUCCAGUACUUGCCAGACACAGACGAUCGUCACCGGAUUGAGGAGAAGCGCAAAAGGACAUACGAGACCUUCAAGAGCAUCAUGAAAAAGAGCCCUUUCAAUGGACCCACCGACCCCCGGCCUCCGACCCGGCGCAUCGCUGUGCCUAACCGUGGCUCAGCCUCCAUCCCCAAGCCAGCUCCCCAGCCCUAUUCCUUUACGCCAUCUCUCAGCACCAUCAACUUUGAGGAGUUUUCCCCCAUGGUCUUUUCUUCUGGGCAGAUCCCAAGCCAGACCUCGGCCUUGGCACCAGCCCCCACCCCGGUCCUGACCCAGACCCAAGUCCUGGCCCCAGCCCCGGCCCCAGCCCCAGGCAUGUCAUCAACCCUGGCCCAGGCCCUAGCCCCAGGCCUGGCUCAGGCUGUGACCCCGCCUGCCCCCAAGACCAACCAGACCGGGGAAGGGACACUGACAGAGGCCCUGCUGCAGCUGCAGUUUGAUACCGAUGAAGACCUGGGGGCUCUGCUUGGCAACAACACUGACCCUGCCGUGUUCACAGACCUGGCAUCUGUCGACAACUCUGAGUUUCAGCAGUUGCUGAACCAGGGUGUACCCAUGGGCCCCCACACAGCUGAGCCCAUGCUGAUGGAGUACCCUGAGGCUAUAACUCGCCUGGUGACAGGGUCCCAAAGGCCCCCUGACCCAGCUCCCACUCCCCUGGGGCCCCCUGGGCUCACCAAUGGCCUCCUCUCGGGGGAUGAAGACUUCUCCUCCAUCGCAGACGUGGACUUCUCAGCCCUUCUGAGUCAGAUCAGCUCCUAAAGGGGUGACACCUGCCUUGCCCAGAACAGUGGGUUAGCAAGGGAUUGAAGCCCUCCCAAAGCACACAAUGACGGAUUCUGGGAGGGUGUGCUCCAGUUGCCCCCAGCUGCUUUGGGUGAUGUCUUCCUGGGGUGGGGGGGAGGGUGCAUUUUAUUCUUUUAUUGGCAGUAUGUAUCUCUCUCUCUUUUUGGAGGUGCUUAAGCAGAAGCAUUAACUUCUCUGGAAAGGGGAGAGCUGGGAAGAGCUCUUCCAUCCCUUAUCCUGAUGUUCGGCUCCAGGCUCUACAGAAAAAUUCUGGGGUCCCCCAACCUCACCCUCCAGCAUCUAGUACUCUCCUAGAGAGAUGGGCAGGCUGGAGCUAUGGCCUUGGAGGCCACAAAGCCUUAUUACAAGUGUCUUCCUCAAAUCAUAGAUUCAUUUAUACCUUGAGGCAAAAUAAUCCCCGUUAUGUGCCCGUCUCUGGUGCGGCAUUCUUUGUGCCUAACUACCAGCCUUUGAGGGCCUGGCCUUCCCCGCCCGCGGAGGUCUCUGCCAGCUCUUCCCUUGCUGGGCUGUGGUUGGAGGGGACUGGUGGGGCAGUAUUGGCCUUCUCCAGGUUCCAGGGAGGUUCUCUGAGACUGCUCUGUUCCUCCUUUUCUCAAGUGCCUUAAUGAUAGGGCAAGCUGUUCAGAGUCGGGGAGAGCAGGCUGGCUGCUCUCCAGUCAAGAGGCUCAGUUUUUACUGAAGAAUCAAAGCAUUUAUAGACUAUUGCUUUUUCUACUCUGAACUAAUAAAUUUGUUGCCAUGCUGGCUAGA